AUGGCAGACGAGAGGCAAUGCAAGCGGAUGCAUAGCACCACCAGCCGUAACGACAUUUGCUUUGGGUCCUUCGGUCAUCGAGUUGCCUCGGACCCCAAGACCACCCAUACGCCCCAAAGCCUGAUGGGACUUGAAGCUACAGGGUCCACCCUGGGCAUCAUUGGAAUGGGACAUGUUGGCUACAAAGUAGCUGAGAGAAGCAAAGGAUUUGACAUGAAAGUCCCGUAUCACAGCCGAACCAGGAGAACCACAGCUAAUGAGAUGGCAGUGGGGGCCGUUUACUGUAAGAACUUGGAUGACCUGCUGAAAAUGUCUGACUUCGUCAUGGUGGCGGUCACUUUGACCGCUGACACGAAAGGCCUCAUCGGGUGCAGAGAGCUGGCCCUCAUGAAACCCACAGCAAUACUGGUGAACAUUAGCAGAGGCGUGGUUGUUGACCAGGAUGCCUUGGUCAAAGCUCUCCAAAGUGGAACGAUUCAUGCAGUAGCUUUAGACGUGACUCACCCUGAACCUUUACUGAGGGACCAUCCUCUCCUGAGUCUUCCAAAUGUGCAGAUAACCCCUCAUACUGGGACUGACACCCACCGUACAGCAAGGAGGAUGGGACAGAGUGUGAUUGCAAAUGCCGUGGCUGCAGUGAAUGGUCUACCAAUACCAAAUGAAGUGAAGUCUAAAUGA